AAUAAGAAGCUUCUGUCUCUUCCUGGUCGACGGUCUAGUCUUAUUGGCUGUUGCCACAUAAAUAAGCGUUGGCUAGAAAGCUUUCUACUAUUUGUUGCUAUCUCUCUCACUCUCACGGACAAUUUCAUAACCUAGCAUUAGCAUCUAUCUUUUAUACGUCUAUGUAUUCAACAGAUAUAAACAUGGCGUCAAAUGAAGAAAGUGACUUCCAAAAAGUCUUAGAAUAUAGCAUUUUUAAGUGUUCCAGCUAUUCCUCAACAUUUACGCCUGAAAAUAUUAUCACUGACAAACCAAAAGAUGAAAAAUCUUGUUGGUUAACUGCCAAUGACAACCAUCCUCAGUUCGUUAUUCUCAAACUUUUACAACCUUCCAUUGUUCGAAAUAUAACAUUCGGCAAAUCUGAAAAAGUGCCUAUAUGCUCUGUUAGAAAAUUUAAAAUACAUGGAGGCCUUGAACCAGAACACAUGAUGGAGCUUUUAACAGGUGAUUUGAAAUAUAAUUCAAUGCCAGAAACUUUUGAACUUAAGUGUACAGUUGGAAAUCUAGAGAAUUAUUUUCCUGUAAGGUACAUAAAAAUUGUUUUGUUACAAUCAUGGGGGAGAAGUAUGAAUUAUUCACUUUGGUAUGUUCAACUUACUGGGACUGAUAGUUUUAAAAUAGUUAAACCUAGCAUUGAUUGGCUGAACAUGUAUCAACAAAAAGAGAUUGUGAGGCUGUGUAUGAAACACUUUCGGAAGUAUCAACAACAAGAAAUAUUUGAAACACUUCAAAAGUAUACAGGUGUUCAGUUGGAAAAUCCAAUAUUAUCAGAAUUAUAUGAUGUACUUGUUGUUAAAGGAGAUUAUGUUCAGGCUGAAAAGUUUAUUACAGAUGCUGUUGAAAAAGGAAUUUUGAAUGAAUACAUAAAUGCUCAAUCAUACCAAGUAUUAUGGACGAAAAUGUUAUCACCAGACCCAAAACCUGGUAUGAGAGGAGGUCAUCAAAUGGUUUUAGACCCUGCAGCAGAAGUUUUGUAUCUUUUUGGUGGAUGGAAUGGCCAUGAAGAUCUUGCAGAUUUGUGGGCUUAUAACAUAAAUUCUUCAACAUGGUCUUUAAUUUGCAAAGAUACAUCACAGAUUGGUGGUCCCAAUGCACGUUCGUGUCACAAAAUGUGUUUGGAUCCAGAAAAGCGUCAAAUAUUCACCUUGGGGAGAUACCUUGACACUCAGCACAGACUUCCAGAAAAUUUAAAGAAUGAUUUUUAUGUAUAUAAUAUUGAAUCUAAUGAGUGGACACUUAUAUCAGAAGAUACCGCAGCUGUAGGUGGUCCUGAACUUAUCUUUGAUCAUCAAAUGUUGAUGGAUGUUGAUAAGAGAACAAUAUACGUUUUUGGAGGUCGUGUACUUAUACCCACGCAAAGCAAUGAAGACAAUACAUCAAAUUCUAAUGAAUUGGUCUUUUCUGGCCUCUAUUCUUACCAUGUUCCUACGGAUACUUGGAAAAUACUUGCAUGUGAUAUUUUCAGAUCACAUAUUCAAGGUGUACCACUUGUCAGAUCGAGAGUGGGACACUCUAUGCUAUUUCACCCUGGGUCUAGAAAGUUGUACAUAUUUGCAGGACAAAGAGGCAAUGAAUAUUUGAAUGACUUUUUUACAUAUCAAGUGGAUAUUAAUGACUUUGACGGUAUCAACUGGAGUGACUUUGGAAACGACAAUUCCACUCAUAUUCCUGCAGCUGGAUUUACUCAGCGUGCAACGAUAGAUCCAGAACUUGGGGAAAUCUAUGUUUUAUCUGGUUUGAGCAAAGACAAAGACAAGCGAGAUGAAAAUGUGCAGAAUUCCUUCUGGAUUUACAAAAUAGAUACCAACAAAUGGUCAUGUAUUUAUCGUAAUGAAAAUACAGGAGAAAAGUACUGGAGAAAAAUGGAAAAUUACGAACCUUGUCCUCGUUUUGCUCACCAGUUGGUUUACGAUCAUAUUAGAAAAGUGCAUUAUUUGUUUGGAGGUAAUCCAGGACGUGCUUGUCUACCAAAACUAAGACUUGACGAUUUUUGGCAAUUACAACUGUGUAAACCGUCACAUGAUCAAAUUUUAAAGAAAUGUAAAUUAAUAAUAAGAAAACAUAAAUUUGAAGAGCUAGCCAUGAGUAAUAGUAUUGCAGCUUUACAGUACCUACAAACCAAUGUUUCAGAAAUAAUCGAUCAUGAAGAUAAAGAACAAAGAAACGAGUUUCAAAUGUUAGCAUCUCUUCUCUUCCGUGAAUCAACCGACUUUGGAGAUGAAUCAAUGCAAAAUAAUGAAGGUACUAAUAAUUUUCUAAGUAUAAAUUCAGAUGAUCCUGUUGCUCGAAAAAUCCACAGUCGUCGAAUUGAACUGUAUGACAAGUUAUCAGAAUUCUUUCCGGAAUCGUUAACUCAGCCAAGAGCAAAUCUAAUCGAUCUUUUGCCUUUAUAAGGGAUUCAGUAGUUAUUUAUUGACUUGAUUAGAAUGACACUUAAUCUGUUUACAUGCACUUUUUUACUUUGGGUAGGAUAAAGAAAUUUUUAUACUGAAAAAAAUCAAUGUGGACAAUGACCCGAACGUUAAGCAAGAACUAUAAACUUUAUAUGUUAAUUAUUUUUUCAAAAUAUUUCUUCCUCAUAAUUAAUAGUUUUAAAAAAAUAUUGUCUUUUAGAUAAAAUAAUAUAGUUUCGUGCAACAAUAUUGGAAAAGAUGAAUUAAAUAUCAAUUAAAUAUUUUACAUUUUGUCUAGAAAUAUUUCCCAUAGAAAGUUCUCUCUUUUCUUAUUCAAGUGCUUGAAAGUAAUUUGUAACUGAAAGUUGUAUUUUUUAUGAUGAACGAUAAGUAAUACACACAUUUAGUUUUACAUGACAGUCGAUUACUAAUUGUGAUUUCUGUUGUCUUAUUUUUUUCAUUUAUGGUGAUUUAAGAUGUAUUUUAUUAAUCGUACUGAUUUACUUCGUAAUAAUAGCUUUACUAGAUUCAUAUUUAUUAUAGUCAAAAUUUACUGAAGUUUUGUUAUUGAAUAAAUAUUGGAAUUUUUAUCUAGAAAAAAGCUUGAGAAUCUUUUGCUUAUAGAACAUU